CUUGCGACAAUUACGUUCUCGUUGUAUACUGAGGUUUGCGGCAGCUAUGCAUAGAUAUAGUUUGUGACUGGACCCACUCUAUAUGACUAUUAGUACCGGAGCGUUUCAUACCUUGCUUCCACUGAUUUUUUUUCCUCAUUUUCUCGAUGCCUUCACGGCCUUCUACUAGCAAUUCGCAAUCACCAUAACUGAUCCUGAGAUGCUUCAACUAUCUUCCAGAUCAAAACAGUAGUCUUUCAUCGCCAUGCCCGCCUUCCCUACGACCCCGAUCGCCAAACUCACCGGCCAUAAAGGCAUCGUCAACGCCGUCGCAUACUCCUCCGGCUCCCAGUCAUACAUCCUCACUGGCGCCUCCGACCGCACAAUACGGCUGUACAACCCGCAAAAGGCUCCUCCGUCGUCCGUCGCGCCUACUACCUCGAAUGCCUACCCACCGGGACUAGUGAACAAAUAUACCGCCCACGGCUACGAAGUCUUGUCAAUAGACGUGAACGAAGCCAACGAUCGCUUUGUAUCUACCGGUGGUGAUAAGACCGUCUUCUUUUGGGACGUACAAACCGCGCAGACAGUGCGGCGGUGGACGGGACAUGCAGGGCGUGUGAACCGCGGUGUAUUCGGAGGGGACGGGGAUAGCAUCAUUGCCACCGGCUCCUUCGACGGUACGGUCAAGAUAUGGGAUGUCAAGUCCAACGCCUACAAGCCGAUUAUGACGCUUGACGACGCCAAGGAUAGCAUUACGGAUAUCGCGGUACACGACGCGGAUAUCCUAGCGUCUAGUGUGGAUGGACGGGUGAGGAGCUACGAUCUGAGAAUGGGCAUGUGCCAGGUCGAUGUCAUCGGACAUCCUUGCACGAGCCUGGCUGUCUCGAAGAAGGGCACGGAGGUUCUAGUCGGCGCGUUGGAUUCAACCGUCAGGCUCAUGGACCGGACAAAUGGACAGCUUUUGAAGGCGUACCGUGACGAUGCUUUCGUUAACAAGGAGUUUAGGGUUAGGAGCACGCUUGGCCUGAACGAUAGCGUCGUGGUCAGCGGGAGUGAUGACGGCAUGAUCUUUGCGUGGGACCUACUGGAGGGCGAGUGCCUGCAUAAGUUCACACAUAUGGAAAUGAGGGAAGUGAAGGGAAAAUCAGCCGGACAGCCGGUAGGCAAGAAGGACGUCUUGUCUGCUGUGGCAUUUUGUAAGGCGCGGAGGGAGUGGUGCAGUGCCGGUGGAGACGGAAAUGUGGUGGUUUGGGGCAUGGGAAGUUGACCAAAAUGAUGUGAAUAUUGUCUUUAAUUGUUAUGAUACCCCAAAAGUUACUUUAAGAUAUCGAGUCAGAACUUUUUAUUCCCAUAACGCCUAUC